GUCUUGGGACCGUUCCUUGUUUAACCUGCGACAACGAGGACGACUCCGAAGGUUGCGAUGCCUCUUCUCCCUUCUCUUCCGCUAUUUCCCUCUUUAAUUAGCAUGCAUCUACAAAAACACUACUUCUCCCUCUCCGUUACGCUUUCUCCCUCGUCUCCUCCUCCCCCCCUCCCUCUCUCCUUCCUUCCUCCUCUUUUCUCUCUCCAUCAUCGCCUGAGAAAGGGAGAGAGAUAGGGAGCGGUAGAGAGAAGAGAACGAGGCGGAGGCAGGAGCGAGGGCGGAGAGAUGCUGCAGAGGGCGGCGAGCAAUUCCUACUCGUGGUGGUGGGCGAGCCACAUCCGAACGAAGCAGUCCAAAUGGCUCGACAACAGCCUCCAAGAUAUGGAUAAUGUAGUUAAAGCAAUGCUCAAGCUCAUUGACGCAGAUGCUGAUUCCUUUGCUAAGAGAGCAGAAUUGUACUUCAAAAGAAGACCAGAGUUGAUAAAUUUUGUGGAAGAUGCGCACCGGGCAUUCAGGGCAUUGGCUGAACGAUACGACCAUAUAUCAGGAGAAUUACACAAGGCCAACCACACCAUAGUGACUGCUUGCCCCGAUCAAGUUCAGUAUGCCAUGCUAGAGGAGUAUGAUGAUAGUCUUCCUAAAGCAAUUAUCCCAAUUGAUCCAAGUAAAAUUAACAAGGCACUAGUGGAGGGAUUAAUAAACAAAAAAAGAGAGAGUGAAUCAUCCAUGAAUAAACAACAUAAAAAGAGUGUGCCAAAGAUAAGUUUAGAAGCGGCCCAAGGAGAGAUAAGUAGGCUUCAGAAAGAGAUAUUAGUUCUACAGACUGAAAAAGAAUUCAUCAAGAAUUCUUAUGAAAGUGGGAUAGCCAAGCACUGGGAGAUUGAAAAGCAAAUAAUAGAGAUGCAAGAAAAAGUUUGUGGCUUGCAAGAUGAGUUUAGUACCACCACAGUCAUUGAGGACCAUGAGGCACUUUCUUUGAUGACAGCUACAGCUCUUAAGUCUUGUGAGGAUUCCAUGGUUAACUUGCAGGAACUAAGAAAGAAAUCCCAUGAACAAGCAAAAGUAGAAUCUGAAAGAAUUAAGGUUGCUUACGGAAAGCUGAAGUCUCUCCAAGGUGAGAAUUGCCAAUCAAAUGUGGAAGAUACAGACAUUUGUGGCAAAGACACACAUAUGAGUUUGGCUGCUGUAAAUAUUGAGGAAGAUGCUCUAAGCAAGGCAAGGCUUGAUUUACAGUCCAUAGGUGAAAAAAUUAAGAUAUAUUUUGAGAUGAGUCCUGAAAGUUCUGUGAAUGAAAUUGCAGAGAAGAUUGAUGAACUUGUAAAUAAGGUUAGCACGCUGGAUAUGACAGUGUCAUCACAAUCUGUGCAAAUCAAUCGUUUGGCUUCUGAAAACAAUGAGCUUGAAAAAUCCCUUCACAAAUUGGAAGAGGAGAAAACAUCUCUGAUCAAUGACUCAAAUGCAUUGUCUAAAAAGCUGAAGGAAGCUGAAGAGGAGUUAAACAGAGUUCGAGCAAUUGAGAAAAUUGUUCAUAGUGGAGAAACCAGUUUCAGCCAAAAAUUUACUGAAACCUGUUGUAGUCUCAGCAAUAUUUCAGAGAAGCUGCAGAAUUUUAAACCUCUGGAAAAUGGUUGCACGACAGAUACAUCCGUAGAGGAAGAAUCUUCCACAUGUCACAUUGAAACAGGUAAACUCCAUCAAGUCAAAGUGAUAACUGAAAUCAAUGAUAUCAAGGUAGAUUUGGAAGAGGAAAUUAAUGCAACUCAAGGACUUGAACGUUGUAAGGAAGAUGCAUCACAUAAUAGGGCUAGUUCUCAUCUCAAGGAUGCUUCAGAAAAGAUUGAGGACCCAAAGGGAACAAAGGACCUGGAGGAGAAAGGUUCGUCACAAAUUUAUUCUAGCAUUCAUCUAACUAAAACUUUACAAAUCCUUCUGGAUGAUCACACUCGGAGCCUAGAGCAAGCAAUUUCUAGUGGUUUAGAAGGUGAAAAAGAGGGUACACAUGCCGAGUACACAUCGGUUUUGCAAAAUUAUGAAAUAGAGAAGAGAAGUGAUGAAGAUAAUGAAGAAACAAUGGCUUUGAUAUCAGAACUGAAGAAUACCAUCAUAACGAAAGAUUAUGAGAUCCAAAGGCUGAGACAACUUCUAUCCUCUAUGAAGACAAGUUCUAAUGUCACUAUAGAUUCUUGGCAUGGUCAACAAAAGGCUGAAAGCACAUCCAUUGAAUCUUUAGUUGUCACGAAGAACUAUGAACCACAAGAUUCUACGAUAACUGAAGAUCGAAACCUAUCAUGUACUAAAACGGAGUCACUUGCCGAGUGUAUGGAAAAAGAAAAUUCCUUUACACAAAUCACUUAUGCAAAUAACAUGAACGAGUCAGAUUGGGUUUCACCUAUUGCAGAAAAGCUCAGGAGAGAUAUUGACACUUUGGUCGAGGGAAAUUUAGAAUUUUGGCUUAGAUUCAGUUCAUCGUUCCAUCACAUACAGGACUUCAAAUCCAAAUAUAAUGAUCUACAAGCUGAGAUCAAUGAUCUCAAUAAAAAGAAGACAUCAGGAGUGGAGGCUAGUCCCGAAUCAAAACUGGUAAUCUCAAAGCUAAGGGAAUUAAAAACUGAAGUCCUUGUUUGGUUGGAACAUAGUGCACUUUUAAGAGGGGAGCUGCAAAGUAGGAUCUCAGGUCUUUCUGAAUUGCAAAAAGAGAUAUCCAGUGCCAUCAACACAAAACCUGAAUCUGAAGAAGUUUUCUUCACUCCGUAUGAGGCUGCAACGUUGUAUGGUGAGGUUAUGAACAUGAAACGGGAGUUUACUAAGGCUGAAUUUGAGCUACAAUUAGGGAGAGAGCAAGUUAGGAAGCUUCAAGCUGAAAUUGAUGGUCAAUUAACUAAGUUGUGUGGGAAGUUCGAAUCAUUUCCAUCAGGCACCCUUCAUGCUCACUUGGAUAAUUCUCCAAGAGCUACAAUACCCUUGCGUGUUUUUCUUUUUGGUGGUGCGAAGCCUAAAAAGCCAUCCUUCUUUCAACGCAUACAGCCAGUGUUCCAGAAACAAAACAGUAAGGAUAGAACUGAACGUCGGUCUAAACACAAUCUGCAGGCUGACAAGUAGCUCAUUGCUAGUUGGAUGAUAAACACAUUCUGCAGCUUAACAAGAAGUUCAUUUGUAGUUGGAUGAUAAUAACUACUACUAUUACGAUGAGGGCACGUCUAAACAUCUUCUGCAUCCUGACAAAUAGCCUUCUGCUUGGAUGGUAUCUAUGGUUUGUCUCAGUUGCAUCUUAUUCCUACAUUGGAACAACUUCCGUUAGCAAGUUUGAUUGGCUGGCUUUGGAUUUAUUCUUCUUGGUGAAAGAAGUUGAGUUUUGAGUUUCAUGUUUUAGACACCAAUUAGGCACCCCCAAAAUUACCUCAUCUGCUUUAUUAUUUAAUGCCUGGAUUCUUUUGCCUGCUUGUAAAUUAUAUUAAAAAAAAAACUCAAGAAGUUAUUCCUUCUCCCCAUGUCUUUACCAAGAACUUUGUACUGAAUAUAACUAAUAUUGUAUUUAAUACUGCAAUUUGAACUCA